CUUAUCAGUGACUUAAUUUUUUGUUCUGUGUUUGCGAGAGUUGUGAACAAAAAUGAAAGCGAAAACGUGAAUCGAUCGACCAAAUAAAAGUCUAUAAAUUACAUUAAACGGAAAAGUGGGAUCUAUUUCCCAUAACUCACCAUGCGAUAAGCUAAAUCUCCGGAGAAGAAAAAAAAAGUAGCAGUUACAAAGUGAUUCCCUGGAGAAAAGACUCGACAAAAUCAAUUCGAAAUGCCGGCGCUACCGAACGAAAUCGAUUGCAACACAACGACGGCAGACAUUAACGACAACUUUGGAAUGGAUUCACACAUUUACGAGAAUCUGCCGGGUACAUCCCCGAAAUCUGCAUCAACCAAGAUCCCGAAAAAUCAUCCCGUUCCGAUUCUUCGCAAAUAUUUUCGUCGCGAGGCAAUCUACGAGAAUUUAUGCGCCGGCUGUGGCUAUGGAGUGUUCGGGGCUCCAGGACGAUACUGCCAUUUCUGUCAGUGCAUCGUUAGCGGUGGGGUGGUGGUGCAUGCCACCCCACUGGCAGAGAAUUCUACAGAGAAUCCACAGGAGAGCAAUAUCUAUGAGAAUAUCUGUGAGCUGUGUCGCGGCAUUUACAGUGACAACGAAAAGUGCCAGUGCCAAAAGGAAAAUAGCAAGGACACCACCCCCACGCCCACAACCACCCCCACCCCUACGCCACUGCCUAAGCCUACCUCCCUACCAGCGGCAAAGAGCAACGGCAGUCGAUCGCGAACUCUCCUGAACUACUCAAAGAGCAGCGCUGCGACCUUGACCCGCCUCUUUGGCUCCCUGAAGCAACUCAAUCGUUCUGCCUCCCUCCAACGCAAACUUUUCCAGCGCGAAGUGAAGGCCGGCGGCGGUGGCUCCCUGGAAAUAAUUCACAACGUGGACGAGGUCUUUCGCACCCAAGAGACCUUUGACAUGCAACGGAUUUGCCAGCUUAAGAGCGAGCUGCAGCUUAAGAGUAGCCAAAGCGACCAACAUAUUUACGGGCGGGUAAGAGAGCCAGAGCCGGAUAAGGCCGAGCGCAAGCGUCCCCGACUUUCACGCAUGCGUUUGCUGCAACAGAGCGACAGAGAAAGCGUAGCAGCAGCAUCCUUGUAUUUAAACGAAAGCAUUUGUCACUGGAUGACGUCACUGCGGCAACAAGUGCAUCACUAUGACGACGGGGCGGGGGCAUGGCAACAGUUGCCAAAGAGUGUGCCAGCCGCCUACGAAAGAGAACCAAAUGUGGAGGAACCUGUAAGGCUACGCAAGGAGGACAAACUAAGUUUGGUCAGUGAUUUUAAGAGAAAGCUGCAACUAAAGAGAGAGCCGCAAGAGCGUCGGUGCGGCAUAACAGCGGAGUUUGUGAAUGAGUUCCUCAGCCAGAGUCACCCACAACCCCAAGGGAACCAACAGGAGGGGGAGCAGCAGCAACAGCUCCCAACGACCGUGAGCCGAGUGGAAGAGCAGAAGGCACUGCCCAAUAUACCGCUCUUGCCGCUCAUGCAGAGCCUUGCUCUCUCAAUUAGCCUGCACGUCUGUGUGCGUGGCCCAUUGAGCGCCUAUGACAAAUCGCUCAGCCAGUGGCUUUGGGAGCAACAACAACGCCUGCUGAUCAACGGUUAUCGCGGCCGAGAGAGAGCGCGUGACCCAAGGCACGAGUGGCGACGUCUCUUUGCUCGUUCUGUUGCGCCAAGCUCUGUUAGCGGCCGAGCGCCUCUCAUCUUAAAAGAGAUGCCUGCUAGCUGGAAUUCCAAAACCCAGGAUGGUUCAAGCCAAAAGCCUUCUCCUAACAGACGCGUACGUGACGACGUGUAUGCUGCUGCCGCUGCGCGUCCGAAGCGGAAUCGUUGUGAAGAGAGCGGGUGCGGUGCGAGCGGGAGAGCGCGAGUGGGUGACAGUGUUAGUGCGAGUGAUAGCGCAAUAAACAAUAGUAGUAAUAGCGGCAGCAACUGCGCAGGCGGCAGAGCUUUGAUGGCAGCGCCAAAAACAACAAGCGAGGCAGAGCGCCCCAAUAGUAACAAUAACAACAACAAUAGCACCAGCAAUAACAAUGAUGACAAUGACAGCAGCACGAACAGCAACAGCAGCAGCAACAACAACAACAAUAAUAAUAAUAACAACAUGAGCAAUUGCAAUGUCAGCGAUCAGCAGCAACAACAACAAAAGCCACAGGAGCAGCAGCAGCAACAAAUCACACAGAAUUGCGUUAUCAAGGUGCGACGACCGGCGCCCAAGGUUCCGGUUCGAAGUCCAAAAACGGCACUAAGUAAUCCCCGGCAGGGGGAUGGAGACCUGGAUAAGGAGAAGCAAAGCCCUACGAUAGACUCCGGCCAGGAUAUGGAAGUGGAGGAUGAGGAGGAGGAAUCCAUUUACCAACCCAUUUGGCAGUUCCAAACAAAGCUGGAGGAUCCGGAACUAGUUAAACCCCAAGCUACAAUUGCAGAAGACGCAGAAGAGGAUGAAGAUGACGAUGAUGAUGAGGAGGUGGAGGAGGAGGAGGACGACGACGACGAUGAGGAUGAGGAUGAUGAAGAGGUCCUGGAGGACUAUGACGAGUCUCUGCCCUCCGAUGCCGAUGCAGAUGUAAUGGCUCUCCAAGCGGCCGCUGUCUUUGCCGCUGGCGUACGCCACAAACUCUCCACUUCCACGUUGACCAAACGCUCUAAACUGAUGCUACCCACGCCCCUGCCAUCGCCCACCGCUUCCAUGGAUCAGGGUGCCUGGGAAACCGACAUGGAGUUCAUGUUCCAUCGGGAAAGCAAGAACUCUGAGGAGGUGGAGCCCUCGGCAGAAGCAGCAGAUAGCUUGAGUCUGGGCAGCACAAUUACCAAUAGCACUGCCACCCUGGGCUCCAUUAGUAGCACAGGUAGUAGCGCCAGGCAAGCAACCGUGCCAAAGGAUCAAGUACCCGUGGAGCCAGCCCCCCUAAUUCAUCCCAUCCUGCGUAACAUCUGCAUCUUCUACAGUCCCAAGGAGCACAAGAAGUACAGCGCCAUAUUCUACGAGUACCAGAGAUCACAGAUUCAUCUCCGCUUCAUGACCCGCAUCCGACGACCAGCUCCACCGCCACCAAAGCAGCCACCAUCAGCAGCACUGCAGCAGCAGCAGCAACAGAACGAUGACAGUGGCUGCAGCUGUGAGGCGGAAGAUCAAGCGGAGGCUUCCAUCCCCCAGCCACUCAAGGAGGAGUGGGCGAGGGCGGUACUGGCCGCCGGUGCAGUGGCUGGCAAAAGGGGCGUGGCCUCGAGAGCGGGUCGCAAGCUAAGAGUACGCUCCAAUGCCCGACUUCUGCUCACAGAUUCGGUGCUGGCAUGGCGGGAGCAGUUGCAGGAUGUCCACUGCUGUGAGGAUGAGGAAGAUAUGAUUGUGCCAGUGACUGACAUUCUGCGGGCACAGCAGAUCCAGGAGGACAAUGAGUUGCAGCAGACGCAGCAAUCGACGAUCCUGCAGCGCUUCAAGAGCGUCUCCAUUGGUAACCUCCUGGACCUGCCCGGCGAGGAUGACAAGAAGUCCAUCAAGAAUCGCAUGCGGAUGAAGUUUGCCGUCAAUAGCAAUGUAUUUCGCAUCAAUCGCUCGCCAAAGAGCGAGAAAAAAUCGCGUGGUCGCCGUGGUCAGGUGAAUAGCCUGUAUUUGGAUGAACAGCAAAAGUAUCCCUUGUUUGCUGCCCCUCUUAAUACCCUGGAGUUAAAUAUGACCGAUCAUCCGAAUGUGCCACGCUUUGUGGUUGAUGUUUGUGCCUAUAUAGAGCAACCGGAGUGUAUCGAACAAGAUGGCCUUUAUCGGGCCUCUGGCAACAAGGUUCUGGUGGAUGAGUUACGACGCAAAUUGACCCAUUUGUAUGAUCCACGUUGGCUUCAAACGGAUGAUAUUCAUACACUGACCAGCCUGCAUAAGCAGUUCUUCCGGGAGUUAACCGAACCGCUGAUUACUCAGGAGGCAUACGAGCGUUUGGGCAAAACUUUGGCUGAUGAUGCAGCCAUUGAGCGUAUGAGUUUGGCCUUUGAUGAUAUGCCAGAGCCAAAUCGCUCUACACUGCGCUUCCUUAUCAAGCACCUGACCAGAGUGGCUGCUGCCAGUGCCUCGAACCGCAUGCCGUCCACUAAUUUGGCCAUUGUUUGGGGCCCAUGUUUGCUGAGUGCCAAUCAGAUUCAUUUGGAUAUUGGACGCAUGAAUAUGCUGGCAAAGGUGCUGAUUGAGAAUUAUGACCGCAUUUUCCAUGCUGACAAUGAGCGUCUUGUGUGUUAAAAGGAUGCCUGAUAAACAGGUGUUCUUCUCCUGCUGCCACGCCCACUCCACAUUACAUCACAACAAUAUCAAAACCAGACUCGUUUUAAGUGCCUCAAGACUUCAUGGAACAUCACACUCACACAAAAAACAUUAUUUUCCAUUUAAUUUUAGUUGAUAUAUAUAUAUUUUUUUGU